AUUGUCCUCGUCGGCCACCGUAUGAUGUCGUGGCGUUUGCUGAUGUGCACAAACUUGCUACAAUUACCCGAUUACUGAUAACAGUUAACUGUAAUUUCUAGCGUAUUUAGUCUGAAUUUGUUUUCUUACACAUUACAUACAUCACCAGACAGUAUUACCUUCAGUGGUUCAAGAUGAGGCGCGCAGGUUUGGGUGAAGGAGGCUCUGGGAAUUAUGUAGCAAGUGGAUACAGUGUGUAUGAAGAGGAAAAUGAACACUUACAGGAAGGACUGAGAGCUAAAGUCAGCGCUUUGAAAAGUCUGUCUAUCGACAUUGGAACGGAAGUAAAAUACCAGAAUAAAAUGCUGGAUGAUAUGGACACAGACUUUGACUCAACAGGCGGCCUGCUGGGUGCCACCAUUGGCAGAGUCAAGCAGCUGUCCAGAGGCAGUCAGACCAAACUGUUGUGCUACAUGCUGCUCUUCUGCUUUUUUGUCUUCUUUGUCCUGUACUGGUUCAUCAAGCUGAGGUGAUAAGAGGACCCUGUUGGGCUUUGGUCCUUGGAUCCUCCACAUCUUCCUCCCCGGUCUGUGCCAAGCUGAUGCAUUUCAAAACUAGACCAACAUAAUGAUGAUUAGGAGAGGCAGGGAUUUCUUUUUAAGUGUCUCAGCUUUAUAGGUGCCCAUGUUUCUGAAUAUUUCAUAGAAUGACCCCAAAAUUGAGUCAUGAAAGGAUGCCUACUGAUGCUAUUUGAUCGAGUCCCAAGGGGUCUUACAUGAUUUAUGACCAUGUGAAGUAGGAAUCACAUACUGUAUAUGUAAAUCUGAAGUAGACACUUCUAGUAUAUGUAUGUACUGAUAUCAGCCCAAUGUACAUGGAUUGAAGAGCUGAGACCUAACAAUAAACAUGUAACAACCAUAGAAUAAACUAUUGUCAUAAAACCUUAAUGUGGGCACAUUGUAUGAUAAACAGUGAUGAAAUGGAUAAUCAGCCCAAGUUGUGUUAAAGUGAUUGAUAGAAUGCUACCUGAAACAUAUUUGCUUAUACGAAUGAAUGGAUAUUUUACAGCAUUUAGCAUCCACACAAAAAAUAAUGGCAGUGUUCUUCAUUAUUGUUUCAAUGUUGUAAAAAGUGUUUUUAAUGUAAAUAAACAAAUUUUAUGCUCUGAA